CAUUCGGGUGAUAUUUCUGAACGCAAUGCUCGAGUUCUGCUUGUUGUGGUUUGGAAUCCGUUGGAAUCGGCGCACUACAAGUGUCCGUACUGCGUUGUGCGUUAAUUACACAUAAAAUUUUGAGGAUUAAUCUUGUAUUUUACAUUCAAAAUGACCACGCUUUUGUGUGUAAAACGUAAGAGUGACAGCGUGCCACUGGACGCAUUGGUUAUUGCGUGCAAACGCCAGAAAACUGGUCACACGAGUUCUAAUUCGGAUACGCAUCUUGUGGCCGAAUUUGCCCGGACGUACGCAGAUCCGGAAGAAGGUCUUCUGGAAUAUGUUACUGAGGUUCUACCCAAAGUCAAAACUCACAAAGCUGGUAUCAAGAGAGUGUCCAACAAUGAUUGUCCUGAAGAUAUUCCAGAGAAGCUUUCCAAAUGUGAAUUAAAACCAAAUAUAAAUUUGACAGAUAGAUACAAAAUUACCGAGUGUUCGCGUACUUAUACUGUACAGGAAGAUAAAUCGGAUCAGUUGAUGACAAUCAUAAAUGUGGAGGAUUCCUGGAGCACUCCAUCAGUGAAAGAGGAUACUGAGACUUAUGCGUACGAUUUGUAUUAUGCGUCAGCCUCUAAUGAUGACCUCAUAUGGUUAGAGAAAGAAAAUAUAUGGGUGGUGCAGCCAGAAAUCCCAAACGAUGAACAUGAAUCUGAAGAUGAUGUCGACUCUGAGGAUUCCAAUGCAGAAUCACAUUGGAAAAAUGAUUAUCCCGAUGGAGAUCCUGAUAAUUUCCUAAAUCAUGAUUCUGAAAAUUGUGAAGAAUAUGAUGAAUUUAAUGAUUCUGAUUAUGAUAUUUAUAACGAUUAUGGUGAAAAUAGAGGAUAUGGAUACUCAAAUAAAGUAGUAUGCAGUGAUAGUGAGUCCUCUUCUAUAGAUGAAGAAAGUCCGAUAGAUACUUUAUCGUCAGAUGAAGAAGAAAAAGAAGAAAAAGCUUAAGUUAAAAUGUACCUUCACAUAUUUUUAGAUAAUUUGUAUAUAUGAAAAACCUCAUUGAAUACAUAUUUCCAUAAACAUUCCAUUAA